AUGAAUCUUCUCAUUGAACAACGUUCAACUAUACUAACGUCAUCAAAAUCCCAACAACAGUCUCAAAUAUCUAAUGAAAAUGAGAUGAACAAUAGUUCAUCGCCGUCAUCUCCGCUCGUAUUGAAAAUCAAGCGGCAUACUGCAAAACAUCAACAACCACACGAUUUUAAUUCUCCAUCGUCACACAUGUCGGAAGAAGAUAAUAAUUCUCAUUCGAUAACGACAAAUAUCCAACGUUUAAAACGUACUUCUCUAUCGAAUAAUACAACUCCAACACGUCGUCCAUCAUCGCCCGCAUUUAAUGGUAAACAACAACAAGCAACUAAGCGUUCUGUUACAAUUGAUAAUAAUAAUAAUGAUUUAACGCCAAAUAUCGAUGAUAUUUCUUCGACAAAACGAUUUAAACGAGAUGAUUUAAAUCAGUCGUCGUCCUCAGCCAAAGUCGAUGCUUGUGUUGAAACAGUCUCCGUUGGUUUGGCAACUGAACCUGAUCAUCUUGGUCCCUGUGUACUCGUUGUUAAUGUCACAUGGCGAGGAAAAACCUAUGUUGGUACAUUACUUGACUCGACGAAACAAGAUUGGGCUUGUCCAAGGUUGACAUGUGAAUCACCAACAAGUGACUACGAUCCUCGAAGUAGUAGUAAAACAAAUCGAUCGAAACGUAAUAGUGCCGGUGGAACCAGUCGUUGUGUCACUCAGCAAUCAGUAUCUGUUUCUCAACAAAUAACAUCCAAUAGUAUCACAAUCGGAGUCGAUGAUCGGAAGCUCCGUAAUAAUAUUAAAUCAAGGCAAUCAAAACGGCUAAACAACAUAGCAGCGACGAUAACGGAAGAAGUAACAAGUAAUUCUUCACCACUAACUUCGCCCUAUCGAGCAAAUAAUCAAACAUCUUUCCCAUCCGAAACAACAACAACAACAACAACAACAACAGCUAAUCUUGAACCUCAAUUAAUCUCUUGUACUGAACUUCAGUGUCAUAAACGUUUUACUUCCACUAUUGCACUUAAUUAUCAUUUAAGUGAUGCACAUAAAAAGCCGGAAACGACACUAAUUAUUCCGCAAGCAAAUACUCGUGAUGAAGAAGAUGUUGCACACAUACUCGCGAACGUUGCUGAUUAUGUUCGCCGUACGUCACCACCGUCAUCUAUGCGUAGUUCACCUGAACAUCAACGUCAAGCAAUUCCCUCACCAACUAUUGUUAAUUCUCCACCUUCGAAUAUUAAAACACUAGAAAAUUGUUCACCCUCAACAUUGACAUGGCCCUGUCCACAAAUAUCAUCGAAAUUUGUUUUACCAUCGCCAUUAAAUAACGCUGAACGAGUUCUUUCGCCCAACUCUACAAGGUGUAAAUUAAACAAUAAUGAUAGCAAUCUUCUUGAGAAUAAACAUCUUACUGAUCCGGAUGAAUUAAAACCUUCUAUUAAACCAGCUGAUCAUUUUCUCUUGCACAUUCAAGACGAACCUGUUAACAAUAAAAAUUCCGUGUCAUCACCACCACCAACGACGACACUCGACUUAAAUCUAAAGAAAAAUCGAGAUAAUCACAAGAAAGAUCAAAAGAUUCCCACACCACCACCACCACCAUCGUUACCACAGCCUUCCUCGCCUGCAUACUCAGAUAUAUCUGAUGAAGAACCAACGCCUAGUGAACAGACACUUCCACCAUCGACAAUUAAUCUACUAACAGCAACAAACGGCAAGCUCGAGGAAAAUGGCACUAGUUCACAUUCGUCAUCGUCAUCAUCAUUUCUAAACAGCUCAGAUCUAACGAAUCCAGUAUGGGCAACACAAAUGCUUUUCCAACAAUUCGGACCCUUGAUACAACAGCAAGCAUUAGCUACAGCUGCUGUAUCGAACAAUAAAGACAUAUCAACGACACCGAAUCGUUUGAACAGUAAUAAUUCUUGUCCAUCGUCUAACGGUACCAGUGAUUCAACUGUAAAAAAUAUUCUCGAUGCACGUCGUUCUUCAACAACAAAAAUCUCGUCGUCGUCUUCUUCCGCAUCUUCGCCCCCACUACCUCCAGCGAGUCUCUAUCAUUUUCCAUCAUCAAAUGAAAGUAAAUUUCCGACACCAAUCAUCAAUACUUUAACAUCACCGAAUGAAAAUUUACUUCAUCUGUCAGCGUCAUCGGCGGCAUCGACUCUGUCGACGACAACAACAAUGACUACAACAAUAAAACCAAUGGAUAUACUUGAUUAUUCAAUAAAUAAUACUCGUCCAACAAACGGUGGACAAUAUAAUCAUUCAUCUUCAUUACAUCCGUCUCGGUGA